AGAAGUGACUAGUGAGUGUAGCUGGCAGUUAUGUUAUCUGACUCUUAACACCGCCAGCAGGAAGUCAACAUGACAAGCUGUCACUCAACUGACAGCUGACGAGUCUCCACACUUCCUGCUGGCCUCCAAAAUAAAAGUCCUUUAAAGCCUGGGGGCAGAGAGCACCACGUGACUUUCUGCCCCCCUGUCAUGAAUGCGGCGUGACGUCACUCGGGUUGAUGGCUUGUGUGACGUCACAGACGGAGAGCGUCCAUCACCGAGAGAGAGAGAGAGAGAGAGAGAGAGCGCGUGCGUGUGCGUGUCCGCCCUCUCCAGUCACCAGACUGCGUGGACGCGCGCGCGCGCUCUCCACUUGGCCAAAAGUGUGUGGACGGGACGCAGCGUGGGUGAUGUUGGCGUGAGCACCGUGGGGAGGUCAUGGAGGAGCGCGCGCACUUGACGAGGAGAAAGCAGGCGAACCCACGCAGGAAAAACGUGUUCAGCGACGCCCUCAUCAGAGGGGGGAGGGGCAGCGAGGAAGACGAGACGCCGGACGCUUCUCCCCGUGUUGGCCACGCCCUCCUGCACCAUGAGGGGUCAGAGGUCAGCUGGUGUCCGGGUGACGACUCGGACUACCUCGUGGGCGCGAGGCAGCCGGACGAGUACUUCUCCGGGCGUGCGCCAGAUGACAGCGUCUGCCACCCGGCGGCCAUGGCAGAGUAUUUGGAGCGCAGCGACACGGCCGUCAUUUACCCACAAGCCCCUGAGGAGUUGACGGCGCUCAGCACGCCCGAGGGUGCCAGCCACGGCCAAGACCCGCCCCCUGGCGACCCGGCUGGGCCUCUCAGCUGUCCCGUCUGCCAGCACGCCUUCGAGAGCACGCCGUCCCUCAAAGAGCACGUCAAGUGUCGCCACCGCAGGGGGGCGGAGCUCUACGUCUGUCCACUGUGUGGCCACGCCUCCAGCGAGCCCACGCAGCUUCAGUGUCACAUGACCACUCACCAGCCAAUCAGCAAGCAGGUUUCCCACCACCACGGUGCUGAAAACCGAAAGUUCAAGUGCGGCGAGUGCGGGAAGGCGUUCAAGUACAAGCAUCACCUGAAGGAGCACCUGCGCAUCCACAGUGGUGAAAAACCGUACGAGUGCUCCAACUGCAAGAAGCGCUUCUCCCACUCAGGCUCUUACAGUUCCCACAUCAGCAGCAGGAAGUGCAUCGGACUGAUCGUUCUCAACGGACGGGCACAAAACAAGCCCGGCUCCUCUCCAAAGUGCUCAGCCUCAUCCCCCAGUAGCCCCGGCCUUGCCCAUCUCCACCAAAAGAUAGAAAAUGGCCAACAUCACCAACAGAAUCGUCUCAAUGUCAAGUCCGAGUCAAUGGACAUCUGUGAGUACAGGCUGCGGACGGCUCCUCAGCAGAGGUUUGGAGGACCCGAGCUCUAUGACAGCACCUUCACGGACAUUCAUGGCUCCUCACAUAGCCCCCUUCGACCUCUGCCAGGGUUGGGUAUGGACUUUCUUCUACCGGGAACCCUCAAGAGUCUGAAUGAUGUGCAGAAGGUCCUUCAGAUUGUGGACAGCACUGUGUCCAGGCAAAAGAUGAACAAGAACCCAGAGGAGGUCUCCAAACUUCGAGCCUACAUGAAGAAGCUUGGAGUCCCUAUGGAAGAGCAGAUCAUUGACCAAAGCAGCCCCGUUGAAACCUUUAUUGACUCCUCUGUAGACAUGGUCAAGGAGGUAGAGGGUGUGAUGGAGGACUCCAGGAUUCAACAGAUGAUGGAUCCCGGCAGCAAAGAGAGAUCCUCCGACAGCCCGGAAAGUCUGGUUCCACACUCCUGCCAGUUCUGCAAGGAGACAUUCACAGGACCCAUUCCACUGCACCAACACGAGCGUUACCUCUGCAAGAUGAACAAAGAGAUCCAAGCGGUCCUGCAGCCGGCCCAGCUCGGUCUGAGCAUCUUCCAUGGGCCGGAGGCAUCAGAAUGGCUUCUGUCCAAGAAGGAGUCGUGCACCAGCCGCAUCCACCCUUUCCAGGACCACGUGUCCGUUCUGAAGGCGUACUCGGCUGAGAACACUGAGCCCGACUCAGACGAACUUCUCAAGAUUUCACUUGCUGUGGGCCUUCCGCAAGAGUUGGUCCGGGACUGGUUCAAUCAGUGGAAGAAGCCAAUUGAGGACAAUUGGUCAGACCAACACCACAGUUUGAGACCUUCACCGAUGUCACUUCUAGAGGUCACAAAUAGCAAAGCCUUCCCCGCACACUUCUCAGCCAGCAGACCAGGUAAUAGGACACCGGACCACAGCAGUCCAUCACCCCUCAACCUGUCCGGUACUUCCUCCAAACAUUCCCAGAGUAACUCCGACACGCCGAACGGCCUCGUGGUGCCGGAGGACUUUCAUGGCGAUAUACCACUGGAUCUUUCCGUGCCGAAACAGCUGGCACAUGCCUUCCUCGAGCAAAGCAGACCAGACAAGUUCAAAACCGAAGCUGAAAGCGAGCCACGUGUCUCAGGCAAGACUUUGAGACCCUCAGGCCCGGCGGACAUCAAGAACGAGAUCCUGGGCUCUGAUCUGCGGCAGAUUGGGAAAAAAAGUCAGAUCUUUGGUGUCAAUCCCUUCAGCGCAGGUCUGGUCUACUCCCCCCUGCCUCCGCACGGCGCCUUCCCACCCCCCACGUUCAUGUCUCCCACCCAGGCCCUGGACUCCAUCAACUUCCUGCCCCAAAUGACCUUUGCCUACGCCAGCAGAGCGCCGACCUUCCCUGACUCGCAGCAGACCAGGAAAAAACUGCGGAGAGCGAGUUUACAGGGGGCGGUGGACUACCUGCAGCAGCUGACAGAUAGCGAGCUGAAGAUGAAGAAGACGGAGGGUGGCAUGUACACGUGUGACCUGUGUGACAAAACCUUCCAGAAGACCAGCUCCCUCCUCAGACACAAAUAUGAGCACACAGGCAAGCGUCCUCACCAGUGUCACACCUGCAGCAAGGCCUUCAAGCACAAGCACCACCUGAUCGAACACUCCCGCCUGCACUCGGGGGAGAAACCCUACCAGUGUGACAAGUGCGGCAAGCGCUUCUCCCACUCGGGCUCGUACUCGCAGCACAUGAACCAUCGCUACUCCUACUGCAAGAGGGAGGCGGAGGAGCGCCAGGCGGGCUCCCGGGCCUACUCGGAAGCCGCCGACCCGCAGGAGCCGAGGGCGGGGCCUGAUGGGAACCAGGAACCUUUCCAGGAGGACCAGGUCCGGCUGGAUUCCACAGGGGACGGCGAUGAGGAUAAAGUCCAACGUUCGCCGGCGGACCGGGACUCAUCCCUCACUUAAAGCAAAACUUGAUGAUA